AGGUCUCCUGUCGGCUGCGUCCCAGGGGGGGUCAGAGCAAGACAUCAUCGUCACGGAAACCGUCUCCGUCCCCGCCUCCCCUCUGUCGGGUCACUACCAGGUGCUAGGCCACACCCCAAAGCCACACUCUUACUCCGCCCCCUCCGGGUUCAUUUCUUCUGAUUGGGACGAGGACAGCGAGGAGAAACGAUCUGAGACCAAUGCAGGGGUUUCGCACACUGGUGACAUCACUGGCGACACGCCCACCGCGGACAUCAGUGGCGCCCUCGUUGAAAUCACUGGUGACACUUCCGCUGACAUCACUGCGAGUGGUGACUUCAUUCGUGACGUCUCUGAUGGUGACCUGAUUGGCGACGCACCCAGUGACAUCACUGGCCAUGCCCUCAUUGACAUCAGUAGCGAAGUGCCCGGUGAAACG